UUCUAUCAAAAUUGCAUUCAUGCUCCAUUGAAACUCCAUCAGAAUUUAAUAUAAAACAAAUAUUUCAUAUGAAUAUGUAAAUUACUAAUACAAAUGACGAGCACUCAAGGCUGACACUACCCUAAUAAUCCUUACCGCGAACAGGGGGCAGGGAGGGGUGGAGAGUGGAAAGGGUUCGCGACUCGAUUCGGUCAACGCUCUUGGUCAGUCCCUUAGCGGCAUUGAACGAGACUGGAUCAGAUCCCUUGAAUCUACGAAAAUGCCACUCGUAACUGAAAGAACAUCUUUAACGAGAACCUCAGACCCACCGACAUACGUUCAAUACGCGGGGAUGGUGAGGGCCAGAAGAUCGCGAGUUCGACAGUUUCAGUGCUGUGUUUGUGCUAUUUUAUUGUCACUCCUCGUGAUGGCCCUCAUCAUGUCCAUCAGCUACGAGCUCACCCCGAAGACUCCCGAGCUAAACGAGCUGAAUAUCCCAAGCGAAUCCCCAACAUCUACUCCCAACGUGACGACUCUACUGCAACUAGCAUCUCCACUCGCUCCAGCACCAUCUCUUCCCGACCAGCACUUCAAAGCCAGUGAACCAACGAAUGAUCCAAUGACGCUAACCCAGCAGGAAUGGUCAGAAGCUGCGAAGAUCGGACGAGAAGCGAUCAAGGAUCGUCUGAAAGCCAACGAAAUAGCGACCAGCUUCCAACCAGGAGAAAUGUCCCCGAAUAUUCGCCACAGUUACGCUGUCAGUACGGGACCAACAGCUGGCAGAUUAGCCCUCGCCGGCGUAGGCGAAGUGGCUGCUAGCAGACACAUAGAAUCAUCCAGGAGAGCAACAGGUCGUCAAUCAGCUUUUGGAGCUUAUUUCGAUGGGAAAUGGUCUGGUGCUCCAACGUGUGUUGAGAACGAUGAAAAUGUCAAGUGCAAUUGGACCCAGAAGUAUCGCAAUAUCAAUGGAACGUGUAAUUACCCUGGGAACAGGGGUGCGGCGUUUACGGCAUUCAGGAGAGCCUUACCUCCAGCGUAUUCUGAUGGAAUAGAGGCUCCGAGGCGGGGAAAAUCGCCGAAAGGAUUGCCCUCUCCCCGAGAGGUCUCACUGAGGGUUCACGGACCCUCACCCAGCUCCAACCCUUCCUUCACAGUGAUGCUGGCUGUCUUCGGACAGUUCAUCGAUCACGACAUGACCGCCACUGCCAAUGGGAGAGGGAAGAAUGACAGCACUUUGGCUUGUUGUCCACCCAGCAAGGGACAUCCUGAAUGCUUUCCCGUUGAUAUUGGACCUGGAGACCCUGCUUAUGAUUUCGCGGGGAAGACGUGCAUGGAGUUCGUGAGGUCCUCACCUGCUGCACAAUGCCAGAUCGGACCGAGACAGCAAUUGAAUCAGGUAACCGGAUUUAUCGACGGCUCAGUGAUAUACGGCUCCGACGACACAACCGCCAGUUCCCUCCGAGACUUCAGAGGUGGAAAGCUCCGGAUGUUCAAGACUCCAGACGGUAGGUUCCUCCUCCCUCGGAGUACCGACCCCAACGACGGUUGCAACCGUCCCAAGGAACGCUCACGGGGUCGCUACUGCUUUGCCUCCGGUGAUGCCCGAGCAAACGAGAAUCUCCACCUCACGACUAUGCACAUCAUCUGGGCACGUCACCACAACGCCAUAGCAGAGCGUCUCUCGAAGGAGAACCCUUCAUGGGACGACGAGAAGCUCUACCAAGAGAGCAAGCGAAUCGUCGGAAGCCAGCUCCAACACAUAACGUACAACGAGUUCCUUCCACUGGUUCUCGGGGAAACGAACGUCGCCCGGAGAGGACUGACGCCCCUGAGAGGUGGAAAACAUCGAGAGGUCGAUGACGAACGUCCGAACCCCGCGAUUGCGAAUAAUUUCGCAACGUCUGCGUUUCGAUUCGCCCACUCUCUUCUUCCGGGGCUCAUGAAGACCACAGACGCGCAAAAUGGAACUGAAGACUACAUAGAACUCCACAGAAUGCUGUUCAAUCCGUACAGUUUGUACUCGCGACGAGGAGUCGAGAGCUCAGUCAUGUCAGCAACUUCCAACAACAUUCAGAGGACGUCUCCCCACGUGACGUCGGAGCUGACGAGGCACUUGUUCGAGGAUCCGGUGGAUCGGAACGAGGAGAACAAGCCGAGAAUGCCUUGUGGACUUGAUCUUGUGUCCUUAAACAUCCAGAGGGGACGGGAUCACGGCCUGCCAGGGUACACUAGCUGGAGGGAGUACUGUAAUCUCACAAGACCCGAGAAUUUUCAGGAUUUAGAGGGAAUUAUGAAUUCGGAGACCCUGGGGGAGAUUCAGAAGAUUUAUGGAGACGUGGACGACGUGGAUUUGUACACAGGUGCUCUCGCCGAGAAGACGACUCAGGAUGGAAUUGUUGGACCGACGUUCAGUUGCCUCAUUGGAGAUCAGUUCCAGAGGCUGCAGAGGGGAGACGGGUUCUGGUAUGAGAAUAGGGAACAGCCUUAUCCGUUCACUGAAGAUCAAUUGAAGGAGAUCAGGAAAACCACCCUCGCAAGGUUAAUUUGCGAUUGUUCAGACAGUAUCGAUAAAAUUCAACCGCAAGUCAUGAAAUCCGUCGAUACCAGCAAUCCGAUCACCUCUUGUAACGACAUCCCCAUGACGAAUUUAAACCUCUGGAAGGAGACUAUGUGAUCUCGUUGUACUGAUGUAUGUAAUUUUUGAGAAGAGAGAAUUGAUAUAAUAAAUGAGAUUUGGUACUUUUCCUUCACAUGAAGCCGUUCAUUGUGGAAUUAGAAUGGAAUAGGGAGGAUCCAUUUAGCUUCAUCUUCCUCAAUGAGGUUUCGACCCUCGAAAUCUAUGUUGUCAGUAAAUGAAUAAUGAAAACUCGUCAAAUAAAAUUUUGUACUUCUCAAAGACCUCCAUAAAUAAAAUAUUUUGAUAAAUUAGUAUAAGUCUCUUCCCUUCGAAUAUGUUUUGAUACAAAAAUGUCUUACUUUAUCACGGCUGUCGUGUACUCUCAUGAAUCUACCGGUCUUUCGUCUU